AUUAUCCAAUCGUCAAUGCAAUGUCCUCUCUUUAUUAUCCAUCUCCCAUUCAUUCUCCCUCGUAUCAACACUGCAAAGGAUUCAAGAGUCAAGAUCACUGUGGUUCCUGCUCUCCACCUUGUCCCCACACCUCUCCUCCUCCAUUUUCACUCUGAAAUCCUAGAUCGAUCUCUCUCUCUCUCUCUCUUCCCAUUUUUCAAAUCCUCGGAAAAACACCCCCCCACCUUCUUUGCUGUCUUUAAUACCAAUUUACCCAAACUCUCUCAUCUUUCUCAACCUUUUCUUCCAACCCAACCCACACUCGCCCAUCAAUGUAAUCAUAUGUAUGUAUAGCUCUCAUUUCACUCCAAACUGAAAAUAAUUGCGGACCAAACUCCAUUUCCUUUCUCUUUAUAACUCUCUUCAGGCACCAUCCUUACCAUGAGUUCCCAAGAUCCCAAGUCCUCUUCAAAGCCCUUCAAAUCCCCCAAUCUGUCCCAGCCCUCGAGAUCUUCCUCCCUCUCUUCCCACCUGGCCAUGGUGGAGCUUAAGCAGAAGAUACUUACCUCUCUUUCCAAGCUCUCCGACCGCGACACCCAUCAAAUUGCCAUGGACGACCUCCAGUCCACCAUCCAUUCCCUCUCACCCGACGCUCUCCCUAUGCUCCUUAACUCCCUCUACGACGCCGUUUCCUCCGACCCCAAGCCCUCCGCCCGCAAGGACUCCCUCCGCCUACUCGCCCUCACCUGCUCCUCCCACCCCGACGCUGCCUCCGCCCACCUCACCAAGAUCAUCGCCCACGUCGUAAAGCGCCUCAAGGACAACGACUCCGCCGUCCGGGACGCCUGCCGCGACGCCAUUGGCUCCCUCUCGGCCCUCUACCUCAAGAACGCUGGUGUUAACGGCAACGACAGCGUGGUGGGCCUCUUCGUCAGGCCCUUGUUCGAGGCCAUGGGGGAGCAGAACAAAGGGGUCCAAUCCGGUGCAGCCAUGUGCGUGGCCAAGAUGGUGGAGUGCGCUUCCGAGCCACCCCCCAUCUCCGCGUUCCAGAAGCUUUGCCCCAGGAUCUGCCGCUUGCUUAACAAUCCCAAUUUCUUGUCCAAGGCCUCGCUCCUGUCCGUCGUCGUCAGCCUGUCUCAGGUGGGAGCAAUUGCACCUCAAAGCUUGGAGAAUUUGCUCCAAAGUAUUCAUGAAUGCCUAGGUAGUACAGAUUGGGCAACACGUAAGGCAGCGGCUGAAGCGUUGAGUGCAUUGGCAUUGCAUUCAAGUGAUUUGGUUUCGGAUAAAGCUGCUUCUACCUUGACGGCACUUGAGUCUUGCCGUUUUGACAAGAUAAAACCUGUGAGAGAUAGCAUGGUAGAGGCAUUGCAAUUAUGGAAAAAGAUUUCUGGCAAAGGAGGAGAUGGAUCUCCAGAUGGCAAGACACCCUCUCGUGGUGGUGAAACUCCUGAACUAGGUAAAUUGUCUGACAAAAAUGGUCCACAAAAUCUAAAUCUCAGUGAAAGGGGAUCAGAGCAACCAGCUAAGAAUUUAUCUAAUGGCUCUUCCCCUUCUUCAGAUUCUGUUUCUAAAGCCAAAGGUGGUAGCAUUUCAGAAAGAGCAGUUGUAAUAUUGAAGAAGAAAGCACCGGCCCUUACUGACAAAGACCUAAACCUAGAAUUCUUCCACAAACUUGAAACAAGGGGUUCUGGUGAUUUGCCAGUGGAAGUAGUUGUUCCUCGUAGAUAUGUCAGUUCUUCGAAUGCAAACAACGAGGAAGAACCAGAUCCAAAUGAAACCAAAUUAAAGGGAAGAUCAAAUCGCAUUGAAAAUACCCAAUCUGAUGAUUUUCAUGGAUCUUUCAACAGCAAAUUCCGUAAUAUAGAGAGAGUAACUGCUUCUGCAUAUUCUAAACAACGAGGUCAUGAUGACAUUGCACGUGAUAAGUGGCCUGAAGAGAGGGUAAAUGGAAAAGAGCCUAGAAUGAGAGCAUUUGAUGGUGAUGACAGGAUUGAUACUAAUCAGAGGGAGUCAUCUGGCAAUCGUGUGGGUUUCUCCAAAACUGAUGCUCAAUCUGAAGGAUCCUUCAUCAAUAACAAAGGAAGUUGGUUGGCAAUCCAGAGGCAGCUAUUGCAGCUGGAGAGACAACAAGCUCAUCUGAUGAACAUGCUUCAGGGUUUCAUGGGUGGCUCUCAUGAUAGCAUGGUAACUUUAGAGAAUAGAGUAAGGGGUCUUGAGCGAGUUGUUGAAGACAUGGCACAGGACUUGUCAAUAUUCUCUGGUAGAAGAGGUGGUAAUUUUGCAAUGGGAUUUGAGGGAUCUUCUAAUAGGCCUCUGGGAAAGUAUAGUGCUUUCCCCGAGUAUUCUAGUGCCAAAUUUGGAAGGGGUGGUGAUGGGCGAAUUCCAUUUGGAGAAAGAAUUCCCCAGUCUGAUGGAAUGACUUUGAGCAUGAGAGGAAGGGGCCCUCCUUGGAGAUCUGACAUGUCUGAGGCCUGGGAUUUUCCUGCAUCCAGUGCUUCCAGAAAUGGGCAGAUUGGCUCAAGGAGAGCUCUUGGUGGCGGUAGCAUGGAUGGUAGGUCACCAAAAUCGGAACAUGAGAGUGAUCAGGGUGGUAGCAGGAGAGCUUGGGACAAAGGAACUGGACCUGUUAGGCUUGGUGAGGGGCCUUCUGCAAGAAGUGUUUGGCAGGCCUCGAAGGAUGAAGCUACACUGGAAGCGAUUCGGGUAGCUGGGGAGGACAGUGGAACUUCUCAGAUGGCAAGAGUAGCUAUCCCUGAAAUGACUGCAGAAGCUUUGGGGGAUGAUAGUGUUGGCCACGACCGGGAUCCAGUGUGGACGUCUUGGAGUAACGCAAUGGAUGCCCUUCAAGUGGGUGACGUGGAUUCUGCCUAUGCUGAUGUUUUGUCUACAGGGGAUUCUUACUUGCUUGUAAAGCUAAUGGACAGAUCAGGUCCUGUGCUUGACCAACUCUCGAACGAAGUAGCAACUGAGAUCUUGCUUGCUGUUGCACAAUUUUUACUGGAGCAGAACCUUUUUGACUUCUGUUUGUCUUGGAUUCAUCAGUUGGUGGAAAUGGUACUGGAAAAUGGACCCCAUGUUUUGAGUAUUCCCAUGGAAGUGAAGAAGGAGCUUGUGAUGAAUUUAAAUGAAGCUUCUUCAACAAUGGAUCCACCUGAGGACUGGGAGGGUGCAACGCCUGACCAACUCUUGUUGCAGUUGGCAUCAGCCUGGGGAGUUAAUCUGCAGCAGCAUGAGAAGUAGUCUCCAGUUAACAGCCUAUUGGUAAUGGAAUACUGUACUAAAUAUGCAGACUUCCUUUCUUUGGGUAUUUCGGUAUAUAGCUCAUUUUUUUAGCAUAAGUUGAAUGGAAUUUUGAAUGAAUGAACGACGCAUUUCGAUUGCACAUUAUGCAAUAGAGCAAGUUAUUGAUUGAA